AGAGAGAGACAAGGAAGGACCGCACCAUACAGUCUCAGAGAUCGGUUUCUGUAAGAGUCCACUACGUGAGAUGAGAUCUGUACUCUCUCUCUCUACCAGUGUUUCUCUAUGGUCAUUCCACCGUGGAUGGUCACUAACAUACAGCUCAUUGAGAAUCUACUGUUGUAGGGAAGACUCGGAGAGUCCAGCCUCUUCAGACCAGACUUGAUGGGAACAUACUGUUUGGAAAGAGUGGAUGACGGAUUACGUGGACUGUUAGAACAAUUAAUCACACAGGUUAGACAGGGAGAGACUCUGAGAAGAUGAUAGCAUACGUGGACUGUCUGUCCACCGAGCCGGUGGUAGGAGGAGGCGUGGGGGCUCAAUGCUGGAAGGGGGGCUUCAGCGAGGAUGAGGACGAGCUGCUUCCGGCCUGCUCGAAAGAUGUUCAAAGGAUGCUCUACCUGCAGCCCAAGAGCGAGGGCAGUCUGAGACGUCGGCUGCUCACCUCCAAGAUCCACCAGCAACGGGAUGGACCGUGGGCGUCCAGGCCACUCGCCCGGGGACAACCGGACAACAAGGGCCUCCAGGGGCCACUACACAGACAGGACUUCCCCUACCCUGGCCCCAGCCCCCCCGGCCUGGUGCGCCACCAUCGAGCAGGCUACUCCUCCAGGGGCUCCCGGCAGCACACGCAUGGCCACUGCCUGACCCAGCUACGGAAGACCAGCUACUCUCCCCCCACACCCGACCAUCAUCCUGGGUACAGCUUCCCCCCACCACCUCUUUCUCCUCCAGGAGCAGCCAGCUACAGUCACACUGGACCUUCAGGAUAUCCAAACUCUGGACUCCAUGGCUACCCUCAUCGUGGAUCUGUUGGCUACCCCAACUCUAACCCAAGACACUGUAAGCCAGCCUACAACACCACCCCCAAUAGCAGCCUUAACCCAGGACACUAUAACCCAGCCUACAACACCACCCCCAGCAGCAGCCCUAACCCAGGACACUAUAACCCAGCCUACAACACCAACCCCAGCAGCAACCCUAACCCAGGACACUGUAACCCAGCCUACAACACCAACCCCAGCAGCAACCCUAACCCAGGACACUAUAACCCAGCCUACAACACCACCCCCAGCAGCAGCCCUAACCCAGGACACUGUAACCCAGCCUGCAAAACCAACCCCAGCAGCAACCCUAACCCAGGACACUAUAACCCAGCCUACAACACCAACCCCAGCAGCAGUCCUAACCCAGGAUGCCAAAACACUGCCCAAGGACACAGCAACACUUACCUCAACUCUAGAUAUCCUUCCCGAAGACUGGGACACGGCCCUUCCUCCCUCCCAGGACCAGGCAACAGCUCUGGGUUUGCUCCCCAGUCCCAGCCCAGCCUCCCCACUCCACCACCCAAGCAGAGAAAGAGGUUCUAUAACCUGCUCCGACGGCGCAGCUACAACACCAGCCAGAUCCCCUUCUCACACACCCCCCUCUUACACACAUCCAAACGUCAAUACUGGAGAGCUGUCAGACUGGACGAGGACAAAAAGUGGUCGGUACACUACACUUCCCAGAAGCCUCAGCAGGAGACACGGCCCUCUUGUGUGGAUGACCGCCGCACCGUACUCAGAGAGUGCAGCAAGAAGCUCAGGAGAGUUGGGUAUGGCAGUUCACAGUACUUCUCCCAAAACCCUGCCUACCUCAGCCCCAGCCUAUCAGAGAACAGGCUGCAUGAUGACAUGGGCAGGAACGACAGACACCGGAAAAAGCGGUCUAAGCUGCUGGACUGUCUGUCUCAGUCCUGCUUCUCUGUCUGCUGGAGGAGAAAGUCAACCGGGUCAUCGCCAGAUGAGGACCUGUCGGCAUAUUCAUUCAGGCCACCACCGAGCCCCCCUCCAAACAGUUACGAAACCAUCGAUGACACAGUUAACGGGUGUGACAUCACGGCGAACAGCUGUCACCUCACAGUUGCCGAGGAGACGGACUGGACUAAGCCCCUCCCUCUGCCGACACCAGAGGAGAAGAUGAGGCAGCAGGCGCAGGCCAUCGCCGCUGAAAUAGUACCCAUCAACAUCACUGGUGAGGGUUUUGAGCGCCAGGCUAGUUUCCGGAGAGCGUUAGCCAACACAGACACUCUGAUCCGUCAACCCCGGAACAAACUCACACGCCGCAAGACCAUCGCCGGAAUACCUGAUGACAUCACCAGAGAUCUGGAACAUGAAGCUGAUGAAGAGCCAGGGUGUGGUGGAUCAGUGGUUCUGCCUGGUCAGUACUCUACUCUGGGCCGAACCGGCAGUGUCAACACAGCCCUGCUACAGCGUUCUCUCGCACAAGGCCCACACACCCAAUCACUCACGCCCUCUCACACCCAAUCACUCACGCCCUCACACACCCAGGAGGCCGGCCUGUUGGAGGAAAGGAGAGAGGAGGAAAGGGUAGAAGAGAGCAGAAUGGAGGAGAGAAGAGAGGAGGAAAGGGAGGAGAGGAGAGUGGAGGAGAGGAGAAAAGAGGAAAGGGAGGAGGAGAGGAGAAUGGACGAGAGGAGAGUGGAGGAAAGUGAGGAGGAGAGGAGAAUGGACGAGAGGAGAGAGGAGGAAAGGGAGGAGGAGAGGAGAGUGAUGAAGCCGUCAGUGCGUCGGAUCCGAGCCCAGAGAGGACAGGGUAUCUCUUCUCUGAUGGCCUCUCUCACCCCGACCCUCACCCCUAACCCCUCCCUCACGCCUUACCUCAGCCUCACCCCCUCCUCUUCCAUGGGCAGUGUCUCCCUGGGGGGUGAAGAUGGAGGAGAGGGGUUCCACAGCCUCCCCUGCCAGGAUGUCCUGUCCUCCCCGAGCUCUGAGAGCAGCUGCCUCAGCACCCCCUACAGGACAUUCUGCAGCAUGGCAUCCUGCUCUAUGGAUCAUGAAUUCCUGAGCCAGUCAGGGGAGGGUCGGAGCAGAAGAUUCCCAAGUCAGAGCACCUUACUGGGGGAGGACUGGAGCUACGAGCCCCUCUUACCCUCCAGCCGCUCCUCCCCCCUUCAUCCUUUCACCUCUAUUUCCUCCUCUUGUCAGACCGACUACAGCUGCUCCGAGUCCCACGGCCACGACUGCGCUACCGGCGGCAACCGCAGUCCCCACGGUAACCGGGACCACCGCGGACUCCAUGGAAACAGCCGUAACCUGUCAGGCAGUAUCUCUCUGAGGAAGUCAAAGAGGCCUCCCGCUCCUCCCACGCGCUCCACCUCACUACGGUUUAAACCUGGCCGGGGGAAAACGCUGCGCUACAACUACAACAACCACACUGCUGGACCUGGAGAAGAGGUGGUCACGAAGGGGAGUCUGACCUCCAGCCCUGCUCCCCUCUCCCCUCCACUCUCUCCAGGGGUGUUCGAGGACCCAUGGGUCCCCCGCUGUAGCAGUGUGGGCAGGGGGGGCAGGGCAGGUGCUGAAACAGACAGUCAGAUCAACCAUCCCUUCCACAGCUUCCACCAACAGCCUGGUCAGGAUCAAAACUACCCUUCUAGCCCGUCCCACCAGCAGCCAUCUGUCCCCCGCUCAGCCAGUGCUGGAGGGGGGAGCCUGCUGGUGGGACCUAAAAUGGCUGCCUCUUCUCCUAAAAUGUCCGCCACGGCAGGGAGUCUCCAGCGGCUGGCCUCUUCCACCUCCAGCGGAUACUCCAGCGAGUGCAACACGCCAACCCUCUCCUCACCCCUCACAUCCCCUUCACCCCUCACACCCUCCUCACCCCAAACACACUCCUCACCCCUCAUCUCAUCCUCCUCCCUCCACCUCACCUCCUCUUCCUCCCUUCCCAGGACACGUUCUAGCCCAGGGGGAGGAGGGCCAAGACCCCCCAUCCCAGAGAGAAAGUCCUCUCUCCUCUCCUCCCCCUUCUCCUCCUUUUCCUCUACCUCUUCCCUCUCUUCCUACACCUCCUCCGACUCCAGAUAUCCCUCUCUCCCCCUCCUCCUCCCCUGCCCGGCUCCAGCAUUCUUCCCUGUCUACCUCCACCCUACCCUACCCAAUCACUCACAGAAGCUUCCCGUUGCCCUGAAGAAGCCCACGAUCAUGCCCCUGCCCUUGCUGAGGACACACCAGACAGACACACCACCACCCCCACACGUGUUGAUAGGUACAUCUCCAGAGCCCUUCGUCCAAGAGACACCACCCUUACUGGGGAUAAACCUGUACAGGCCAGAGAUACAGACCCAGCCAGAGAUACAGACCCAGACAGAGUCUCAACCAGAGCCAGAGACAGCAUACCCCUUCCUGAAGUUCUACCAGUCACAAGUUACCACCAAGCCCCUAUCCUUCAGAACCCUGUGUAGCAGAGUUACCACCAAGCCCCUAUCCUUCAGAACCCUGUGUAGCAGAGUUACCACCAAGCCCCUAUCCUUCAGAACCCUGUGUAGCAGAGUUACCACCAAGCCCCUAUCAUCCAGAACCCUGUGUACCAGAGUUACCACCAAGCCCCUAUCAUCCAGAACCCUGUGUACCAGAGUUACCACCAAGCCCCUAUCAUCCAGAACCCUGUGUACCAGAGUUACCACCAAGCCCCUAUCCUUCAGAACCCUGUGUACCAGAGUUACCACCAAGCCCCUAUCAUCCAGAUCCUUCAGAACCCCACUAUCCUCCAGAACCCUGUGUACCAGAGUUACCACCAAGCCCCUAUCAUCCAGAACCCUGUGUCAGAGUUACCACCAAGCCCCUAAACCCUGUGUAGCAGAGUUACCACCAAGCCCCUAUCCUUCAGAACCCUGUGUACCAGAGUUACCACCAAGCCCCUGUCCUCCAGCACCCUGUAUAGCAGAGGCAAAGCAGGAGUCCUGCCCACUGGAGAUGAUGACAGAGACAGAGAGAGAGGACGAGACAGCGAGUGAGACAGACACAGAGGCAGAGGCAGACACAGAGAUAGAGGCAGAGACAGAGAGAAAGGCAGACACUGAGACAGAGGCAGAGUUAGAGAGAGAGACAGACACAGAGAACGAGGCAGACACAGAGGCAGAGAGAGAGGCAGACACUGAGAGAGAAGCAGUUCCCAGACAGCCACAGAGUGUAUCGGUGCCAUACACAGAGCUGGGGAGAUCAGAACCAGAGGAAAUUUGGGUGCUGCAGGAGGAAGAAGAGAAGGAGGAGAGAAAAAAUUGGCAGAAGCUGGGGAGAAGAGAGGAGGAGGGUGAAGAGGAAGACAGACGGAGGGGAGCGAUGGAGGAGGAGGACAGCAAUGAUUUUGAAAGCUUCUCUCUGGAAGAGAGGAGAGACUCUCUGAGCAGUCCUCUGUCUACGGACAGCCUGAAAGGGGCGCUACUCCUGCCAGAUCUGUUCAUCCAAGAGGACGAGGGGGAACUGGGGGGAGAGAGGAUGGAGUGGGAGGAGAGGAAGGAGUGGGAGAAGAGGGAGGAGAGGUGCAGCCUGGACACAGAUGGGGCCAGCAGCUCCACAGGGUCCCUGACCUCCAGAGAAGACAAUGGUGAGGUGUUUGAUAUUUCUUCAGCGGAGAAGAUGGUGACACCAGCACCACCACGGACUACUGAAGACCUGUUUGCUGCCAUACACAGGUCUAAGAGGAAAGUUCUUGGGCGCAGGAACCCUGAGGAAGACCGAUGCCGUGCCUUUCCCCUCUCCUCCUCCUCUUCUUUCUCCUCCACUCCUCCAGUGACCCCUCCAAGCCCUAGCCACGCCCUUCUGCAACCUCUUGAGGUGUUUGGAUCCAGUAAGGUGAGAGGUCAUAGGUUAGGGGUCAGCAGCAGCAGUGACAGCUUUAAGGCUCUGCUCCUGAGGAAGGGAAGUCGCUGCGACCCUGUAGCUCGCAUGUCUGCAGCCGAGAGACUCCGCAGUACUGCCCCCAAACACAUGAUGGCGACACCACAUAGCCAGAGCUCACAGAGUCAGAGCUCAUGGAGCCAGAGCUCACAGAGUCAAAGCUCACAGAGCUCACAGAGUCAGAGCUCACGGAGCUCACCAAGCCAGAGCUCACAGAGCCAGAGCUCACAGAGCCUGUGCUCACAGAGCCAGCACUCACAGAGCUCACAGAGUCAGAGCUCACGGAGCUCACCAAGCCAGAGCUCACAGAGCCAUCCCCUGUCAGACAUACACCUGCAGCUUGGAGUGGAGUCACAUACUCACACCCCUCAGUCCUUUGCACCAACACACACUGUCCAGCUAAUGACGCUACACCUACCCCAGUCCCAGUCCACACACAGACACAGGAGGAGGGCAGAGUGGGCACUCACUGAGGGCACGCUCUCUCUCUCCUCCCUGUCCUCCCCCACAUACCCCUCCCCCUCCCCCUCUCUUUGGGGGUGGCGACCCCCCCGCUCCCGCACUCCCCCUUGUUCAGCCAGCCGGCGUUUCGCUGCCCGCAGCCGACUACCCAGCAGCCCCAUGACUGCCAUCUCGGAGCGGGAAGGGGAGGGCGAAUCAAUGGAGAGCGAUGGGUUGGCCGUGACCAUCGGACUGGGCUGCGAUUCCUGCAAGACUUUUGGAUUGGUCAAGCUCACUGACGGACGUGCCGAGGCCACCAAUGGCAGCCUUGAUUGGCAGCAGAGCAGGUCUAUGGAGACACACACCGUCUUGUGGGUCGGCUAGAGCACCAGACUGGUGAAUCGCUGUCCUACUCAUAUACCCAGGACAGAGGCUUCAGUCCAGGAUCUAGGAGACUUUAUGUAUCCUCUACCCAGGGGGAAGUUGUUGGAAGUCAAACACAGUUGAAAAGAAAACCUACCAGCCACCAGACUGGCUAUUGUACAGGACAGUGGAGGCUGGUGAGCACAGCAAUAGGAGGAUGGGCUCGUUGUAACGGCUGGAAUGGAAUUAGUGGAGCGGAGUCAAACAUGUGUUUUCCAUAUGGUUCACGUGUUUGAUACCAUUCCACCAGCCUCCACUGGUACAAGAUGAUUGUCUCUGUUAAUAGAUUAUUGGGUAACAUGAAUGUUGUUUUUUUUCUCUGACCUGUUGUUUCAGUCUUGUAUCUAGUUUUAGUAUGCAGCAGUAGCCAUUUUGAGAUUAAGAAAAGCAACAUUGUAUUAUAUUAUUAAAAUAUAUAUAUAUGAAAAAAAAAAUAUUUUGAGGUUUCAGUUACCAAAGACAAACUGUCCCUCCCAGUGAAGCAACUGCUGCAGUGGGCAUGUCUGAGAAUGUCUCUGUUGAUUGUGAUUGGCUUGUCGUUUGGAAUCAUGAUUGUGAUUGGAGGAAUGCAUUCUGCUAAAUUUACCCUAUAUUUAUAUUAUCUGAUACUUAAAUCCCCUUUAAAACAAAUCAACAUAUUUAGCAGAUGUUAUUGCGGGUGUAGUGAAAUGCUUGUUUUUCCUACUGUAGCUCCGACAGUGCAGUAAUAUCUAACAAUUUACAACAAAACACACAAAUCUAAAAGUAAAAUAAUGAAAUAUAUAAAUAUUUCAUUAAUUAAAUCAUCUUAUUUAGUCUUUUUUUUGUAAAUGUAGUACUUCACUUCCCUCAUUAUAAAGUAUCUUCUGUCUCGUCUAUUUUUUCUUUACCUUUAUACAUUUUUAUAACAGUUGGUUUUGUGUUCUAUGAGUUUUCAGGUGUAUUUUAUUUGAGAACUGUGAAGACAAUGGAGUCCCAUUUUAUAUAGGUUUUCUGGAUUAUUCCUGGUGCUAGAUAUGGGUUUAGGGCUUAGAGGUUAGAAGUUAAAGUGUCUACAGACUGUGUUUAGAUGACAGAUGUGACAUAUCUAUAAGGAUGAAGUCAGAUGAACGAUAGACAGAGAUUAGAGGUUGAUUGGUUAUGGGGGAAGGAUAGAUAGAAGGACAGGGUCAUGUAAAAGAUGGAGAGAGAGAAGGGGCAGAGUGUGAGGUGAAAGAGAGAGAGAGAGAGAGAGAGAGAGAGAGAGAGAGAGAGAGAGAGAGGGGGGGGCAGUGUGAGGUGAAAAA